CAACAAGCGGCGCCAGCUGCCGGUGCUGAGCCAAAGGUGAAGACCGAGAAGGAGCUCGAGAGGGAGAGAAAGAAAGCUGAGAAGCUUGCAAAGUUCCAAGCUAAGGAGGCUAAGAAGGCGGAGGCUGCUAAGAAGAAGGCCGAGUCCACGAAGCCAAAGAAGGAGAAGAAGGUUGCUGAGCCUGUGCCGGAGUUUGUCGACACCACCGUGAAAGGUGAGAAGAAGGUGCUUGUGUCCUUAGAAGACCCGGCAUUGAAGGCGUAUGACCCACGUAACGUUGAGAGCUCGUGGUAUGAAUGGUGGGUCAAGCAGGGCUUCUUCGAGCCUGAGUUUGCUGCUGACGGCUCUGCCAAACCAGAAGGUACCUUCUGUAUCCCAGCACCUCCACCAAACGUCACAGGUGCCCUGCACAUUGGCCAUGCCCUCACAGUGUCCAUCCAGGACUCCUUGAUUAGAUUCAACAGAAUGAGAGGCAAGACCGUGCUCUUCCUUCCAGGAUUUGACCACGCAGGUAUCGCCACCCAGUCUGUUGUUGAGAAGCAGCUGGCCAAGGAGAACAUCUCCAGACACGACUUGGGUCGUGAGGCCUUUGUUGAGAAGGUUUGGGAAUGGAAGGACGUGUACCAUGACAAGAUUAAAACACAGUUCAAGAGCCUUGGUGCCUCUUAUGACUGGAAGUUCGAGAAGUUCACCUUGGAUGAUGACUUGUCCAAGGCUGUGACCGAGGCCUUUGUCAGAUUGCACAGAGAAGGUACCAUCUACAGGGCUUCCCGUUUGGUUAACUGGUCUGUGAAGCUUAACACAGCCAUCUCCAACUUGGAAGUUGACAACAAGGAUGUCAAAGGUAGAACCUUGCUCUCUGUUCCAGGCUACGACGAGAAGGUUGAAUUUGGUGUGUUGACGUCCUUUGCCUAUCCAAUUGAGAACUCGGACGAGAAGAUCAUCGUGGCCACUACACGUCCAGAGACCUUGUUUGGUGAUACUGGUAUCGCAGUUCAUCCUGAUGAUGCUCGUUACAAGCACUUGCACGGCAAGUUCGCUCUCCAUCCAUUCCUCGACAGAAAGGUGCCAAUUAUCACCGAUGCUGAAGCUGUCGACAUGGAGUUUGGUACUGGUGCCGUUAAGAUCACACCAGGUCACGACAACAACGAUUACAACACCGGUAAGCGUGCCGGUCUCGAAGUGAUCAACAUCUUCACUGAUGACGGUCUGCUCAACGAGAACUGUGGUGAAUGGGCUGGUAUGAAGAGAUUCGAUGCAAGAAAGAGAGUCAUCGAGGCCUUGAAGGAGAAGGACCUCUUCAUCGAACAGAAGGAGAAUGAGAUGACCAUCCCAAUCUGCUCCAGAUCUGGUGAUAUCAUUGAACCAUACCUCAAGCCACAGUGGUGGGUUGCCCAAGGUGACAUGGCCAAGGAUGCCAUUGCUGCUGUCAAGAACGGUGAAAUCAAGAUCACUCCAAAGUCAUCUGAGGCUGAAUACUUCCACUGGCUGGAGAACAUCCAAGAUUGGUGUAUCUCUCGUCAACUGUGGUGGGGUCACAGAUGUCCAGUGUACUUUGUCAACAUUGAAGGCGAAGAGCAUGACGAUCUUGAUGGCAACUACUGGGUUUCUGGCCGUACGUUAGAGGAGGCUGAGGAGCAGGCCAAGGAGAAGUUCCCAGACAAGAAGUUCACAUUGCACCAGGAUGAGGAUGUCUUGGACACCUGGUUCUCGUCUGGUUUAUGGCCAAUCUCCACGCUUGGAUGGCCUGAGAAGACCAAGGCCCUCGAACAGUUCCAUCCAUGGUCCAUGUUGGAGACUGGCUGGGACAUCUUGUUCUUCUGGGUCUCCAGAAUGAUCCUCAUGGGCAUCAAGAUGACCGGCACUGUUCCAUUUAAGGAGGUAUUCUGCCACUCCUUGGUCCGUGAUGCUCAAGGUCGUAAGAUGUCCAAGUCGCUCGGUAACGUUGUCGAUCCAACUGAUGUGAUUAACGGUAUCUCGCUAGAGACUUUACACUCCAAGUUGCUUGGAGGUAACUUGGCUGCUGCUGAGAUCGAAAGAGCCAAGGCUGGACAGAAGGAAUCUUAUCCUAAUGGUAUCCCACAGUGUGGUACCGAUGCUUUGAGAUUCGCCCUCUGUGCUUACACCACUGGUGGUCGUGAUAUUAACUUGGAUAUUCUUCGUGUUGAAGGUUACAGAAAGUUCUGUAACAAGAUCUACCAGGCCACCAAGUUUGCUCUCAUGCGUCUUGGUGAUGAUUAUCAGCCACCAGCCUCUGAAGGUCUUUCUGGCAACGAAACGUUGGUUGAGAAGUGGAUCUUGCACAAGUACACCGAGACUGCUAAGACCGUUACCGAGGCCAUGGACAAGCGUGAGUUCUUCACUGCUACGUCUGCUAUCUACGAGUACUGGUACCAAGUUUGUGAUGUCUACAUCGAGAACUCCAAGUCUUUGAUCCUGGACGGCUCUGAGGCCGAGCGUAAGUCUGCCAGAGACACCUUGUACACCUCCAUCGAUGGUGCCUUGAGAUUGAUCCACCCAUUCAUGCCAUUCAUCUCAGAGGAGAUGUGGCAACGUCUUCCUCGCCGUGCUACCGAGACUGCUGUGUCCAUUGUCAAGGCCAAGUACCCAGUCUUCACCAAGGAGUUCUACAACGCUCAAGCGUUUGAGGACUACGAGACCAUCUUGGCCAUCACCAAGGAAGCCCGUUCCCUGUUGUCUCAGUACAACAUCUUGAAGAACGGUAAGGUGUACGUCGAGUGUUCCAACGAGUCUCAACUUGGAAUGGUUCAAUCCCAGAAGGAGUCCAUUGUCUCUCUGAUUAAGGCCAUCAACGAGGUUGAAGUUGUCAAGUCCGCUUCUGACGUUCCAACUGGUGUUAUCCUCCAGGCUGUUACACCGGAGAUCAACGUCCACGUCUUGGUCAAAGGCUUGGUUGACAUUGAAGCCGAGAUCACCAAGGCCAAGAAGAAGAUUGACAAGACCCAAAAGCAAAAAGAGUCCAUUGAGAAGACCAUCAAUUCCAAGGGUUACUUGAGCAAGGCCUCACAGGAGACCAUUGAUCAAGAUAAGACCAGAUUGGAGACUGCUAUUGCUGAAAUUGAAGGUUUCGAGGCCACCAUUGCCAAUUUGGAACGCUUGAAGUUGUAAGGCCGUUCCUGAGGUUCUCCUACUUAUAUACAUACAGAAUUUGAUGGUACGUUAG